AUGGGCCAGCCCCCUACCUCCCUGGAGUGCUACGCGGCGGCGCUGAUCUAUGCCGUCAUCUAUGCCUCCAGGUUCGACGGAAUCAGGACUCUGGCGCCUCACUUCCGGGUGACCUUCUACGCAACCACAGGCUGGACCAUUUACUACAUUGCGCAUUUGCUGGCGGCCACGAACCCGGCGCUCUUUGGCCACUGGGUUUAUCCCACAGGAGUAGUCUUUCUUGCCAGCAGCAUUUACUUCUACAAGCACUGGAUCGAGCGCAUGUACCGACAUUUCAUGGAGGACCGAUUCCGGCCAUACUACGUGCCGGGCCUUGCGGGCCUCAUGUACUUCCACUGGCUGGACCUGGUGGACCUGUUCAAUCAGUGGCUGGACCCGAAGUACUGGGAGCAUGUGGUGGUGGACUUGCCGGAUCAGGCGUGGACCAUUGCGGAUGUGCGACUCACAGGCCUCUUCAUGUCUAGCAUGGCGCUCUUCAUGAUUACCCUCCACAACAAGGGCGUGCUCACCGGUGGCAAGAACACCCUGAUCACGGUGCUCUUCACCAUUUUUGUGCCCGCCCUCUUCCUCACCGGCACCCAUGCCACCCUGCAGGCCAGCUUUCCUUGA